CGCCCAGCUUGAGACCGGCGCGCUCCGGGCGCGGGAGGUGACAGACAGGCCGCGGGCAGCGGGGGCCCCGGCCGCAAGUGUGCGCGGGGGCUAGGCACUUCACCCGCAGAGGUCGGCUCGCCGAGGUGGCGAGGAGCGGGCUUUCUUCUGUUGCCCUGCCGCGGCGCUCUCCCUGGAAACCUGAGUUUAUCUUACUGUCGCGAGCGCGAGGGUCCCGCGCGGCCCUCCUAGCCCUCGGCCGCCGGGACCACGCCGGGCGUGGCAGGCUGGGCUGCACCCUGGCUGGGGGAGCGUGUCCCGCAGCCCCAAUGCCUCCGCGAGCACAGUGGAGUGGCUGCGGCUGGUUGGAAUCGCGGAAGUGUCCCCCGGUGGCGAGUGCGCCCAGGACACCGGUCUCUGCUAAGUUGUGUGCGCGCGCGUUGCAGGGACCAUGUGUGAGUCUGGUAUAAGAUGAACUCCAGAGCAUCUGUCGUAGCCAGAAAGAAGUGGGAAAUACUCCUGAAAAGAAAACUAAAACAUUAAGAAACCACAACUUAUUUUUACAUGGUUUCCAGCUCACUUACCAAUAUGGACACUUUUACAAAUAUUUUUCCUCCUGGUGGAGACAGUGGAAUAAAUUCUGAGUCUGAGCUCCAAAGAAUGUUAGCUGAUGAAAGGUUACGAUGUGAACAUCAUAAAACCAAUUAUCAAACACUAAAAGUUGAACACACAAGGUUGCAGGACGAGUAUAUAAAGUCACAAAAUGAACUGAAGCGCCUGUCAAAUGAAAAACAGACUAACCAGGAAAAGUUCCAGCUGAUGUUUGAAGAGCUAAGAGAAGAAUUACUAGCAAAAACUAAAGACUUAGAAGAACUGAAAGGACAGGUAUUAAAUCGGCAAAACUUGGAAUUGUUAAGAGCCCAGAUACAACAAGAGUUAGAAACUCCAAUGCGAGAGCGUUGCCGGAAUCUGGAUGAAGAAGCGGAAAAGUAUAGAACUGAAUAUAAUAAGCUUCGCUAUGAACAUACAUUUCUUAAGUCAGAAUUUGAACACCAGAAAGAAGAGUUUGCACGUAUUUUAGAGGAAGAAAAAAUGAAGCAUGAAUCAGAGGUUGCGAGACUGGAGAAAGAUAAAGAAGAGCUCCAUAGCCGGCUGCUCGCUGUUGAUCCCACAAGACACAUGAAGCGAGUGGAGCAGCUUCUUCAAGAGAAAGCCCAUUUGGGUCAGAAAUUAAAAGGGCUAGAGACCGAGGUAGCAGAACUAAGGGCUGAAAAGGAGAAUUCUGGUGCUCAGGUAGAAAGCGUCCAGAGAAUACAGGUGCGGCAGUUGGCUGAGAUGCAGGCUACAGUCAGGUCCCUGGAGGCUGAAAAACAAUCGGUCAAGUUGCAGGCUGAACGCCUGGAAAAAGAGCUGCAAUCAACCAGUGAACAAAAUAUGUCUUUGAUCAGUAAAUUGCAUAAAGCUGACCAAGAAAUAAGCACGCUGACCAGUACAAUAAAGGAGCUGAAACAUUCAAAGAAGCUAGAAAUAACAGACAUCAAACUGGAGGCAGCGAGAGCUAAGAGUGAGCUGGAAAGAGAAAGAAACAAGAUUCAAAGUGAGCUGGAUGGGCUACAGUCAGACAAUGAAAUUCUCAAAUCAGCUGUUGAACACCACAAAACGCUCUUAGUAGAAAAAGAUCGUGAGUUAGUACGUAAAGUACAAGCUGCCAAGGAAGAAGGUUAUCAGAAGCUUGUGGUAUUACAAGAUGAAAAGCUGGAGCUUGAGAACAGAUUAGCAGAUUUAGAGAAAAUGAAAGUGGAGCACGAUAUUUGGAGGCAAUCUGAGAAGGAUCAGCACGAGGAGAAACUGCGGGCUUCACAGAUGGCAGAGGAGGCGGCCCGAAGGGAACUUCAGAGUAUUAGGUUAAAACUUCAGCAACAGAUUGUGAAUAUUGAAAAUGCUGAGAAAGAAAAAAAUGAAAAUUCUGAUCUGAAACAGCAAAUCAGUAGCUUGCAGAUCCAAGUAACCUCACUGACUCAGUCUGAGAAUGAACUGCUGAAUUCAAACCAAAUGCUGAAGGAAAUGGUGGAGAGGCUGAAGCAAGAAUGCCGUCACUUAAAAAGCCAAGCGGAAAAACUACAGCUAGAAGUUGAAAAGACAUUGGAAGAGAAACAGAUACAGUGGUUGGAAGAAAAGCACAAGCUUCAAGAACGUAUCACAGACCGAGAAGAAAAGUAUAAUCAGGCGAAAGAGAAACUACAGAGAGCUGCAACUGCCCAGAAAAAGAGAAAGUCUCUUCAUGAAAACAAACUGAAGCGCCUGCAAGAAAAGGUGGACGUGUUGGAGGCCAAGAGAGAAGAGUUAGAAGCCGAGAAUCAGGUGCUGACCAGACAAAAUGUUCCAUUUGAAGAAUAUACGAGACUUCAGAAAAGACUGAAGGAUAUCCAGAGAAGACAUAAUGAAUUUCGAAGUCUGAUUUUGGUCCCUAACAUUCCUCCACCAGCAUCCAUCAAUCCCGUUAGCUUUCAGGCGUCAGCCAUGGCCCCGGGCGUGGAGCUCUGCUUCCCGCCUCUCGUGCAGGAGGAACAACAUCAAAGAGAACUCUCUCUCCUGCGCAAAAGACUAGAAGAACUAGAAACAACACAGAGAAGACAACUGGAGGAGCUCGGGUCUCCCGGGGAGUGACGGUCCUGGCGUACAGAUGGACAGAUCAAAAGCGAUGAGCUCUCAGCCGCGGCACAAUGUGAAGCUUAAGUACCAGGCGUUGAGCUGCUUCGCUGCUGUUUGCCAAAGUACUUGAAUGUGCCUCAAGAAGAAAAGACCAGUUAUGACAAACGAAGCAUUAAAAGACAGUUUCAGAUAUUUAGAAUAUAUAUUAAUGGCCUUUUGAGACUAUAAAAAUAAAUUGAUAAAAGCAACUAACUAGGAAAUCAAGUUAUAAAAUUGACUUUACUUUGAAUUUUUUGGUAUUUUGCUUGAAAUAUGUCUUAAAAGUUCCUUUUUCCUUAUCUUUGAGGUGCUCAACGAUAACAAAGACAGUAAAUUCUUAUUGUGGUUUACAAUAAGAGUUAUAAACCUAUAGUUUUGGGAGAAAAUAUGACAAUUUAAAAGAUGGCAUAAAAAACUCAGACAUUCAUUGCAAAAGUCUACCUUUUCAAAAAGCUGUGUGCACAUAAUUUAUUAAAGAGCUUACAAUAAAUAUUUUUCUAAUUAA